CAGAAGCGCAGUUCGGUUCCGCCACCACCGCCGCCCCCGCUGCUGCACUUGUUGCGCGGAGCAGGGCCGCCGGCAGGAGUUCCCUUCGGAUCGCCGUUGGCGCCACCGGCGCUCGGACCGCACCCAGCCGUCCUGGGCCGUUCCCCCGGAGCGGUGUUGGGGCCGCACCCGCUGGCUGUCGCGAUGGGGGCGACGCCACCGCCGCCGAUGCCGCCGCAUUUGUACGGCCCGCCGAUCGCCUCUCCGUUGCUGUUGCACCCGCAGCACCACCACCAUCCGGGAUUAGCGGUUCCGCGACCGCCGUUGCCGGUGCGGCGCCCGUCGUUGUCGCCGUCCCCUCCGCACAACACAGUGAUCUACCAGCCGGACGUUAUGCGGGGGCACCACACGACCAACAAUGCUGCUGCAAAUCAGUUCGGUAUACAUCCUCCUGUCGGGCCGCCGGCGGCCGCGAUGUUUGAACCGGAGCAGCUCCACGACCGGCCCUGCAGUCGCUCGAGCGUGUUGGGAACUACAACUUCAGUCGUUCCGCCGCCUCCGCCGUCUGGGGUAGCUCCGGUGUACAACAACUACGGAGAAAAUAUUAUUAACUUGAGCCGGCACGACCCUGCCGCGGCGCACAAUUUUAUUGCGGAUCGGCGGAGGUCCUCGCCGGAUCAGCUGAGCAGUAACGGUUCGGGCGGUAAUGUCAACAAUGACAGCGACGUGCAGUGGGACUGCGACGAGCAGGUGAGCGGGGAAGAGCCGCAUUUUUUCCGCGACGCGAAGCACUUCUUCCAGGAGUCCAGCGAAGCGCUGGCGAGAAGUCCGCAACGACCACCCCCGCAGAAGGAUUGUAUCAACGAGUUGUCCGAGGUGAUCAUGGCCACUUGGAGAAAGCGGAACCGCAAAUUUUUGAAGAAGCACGGGCACGAGCCGGAAUUCCGGUCCCUCCCCAGUGCGAACACGACGAAAACGCACGCGGAACUGGUUUCUUCCCUCCAGUCCUUCCCCUUGUUCGCCCCGGACGCGGACACGACGCCGUUCUCGCCGACAGACGGAACUGCAGGCGGAACAAAGAAGGAGGUUUCGGAGGAGGUGCUGAAGCGCGCAGCGGACUUCGACGCGAUCGAGCAGGAAACAGAAUCUUGGUUUGAACAGCACUACUGCGCCGCGUGGACGCCGCGGUUCCUGCAGCGGCAGCAAACGCGGGCCGAAUUCGUGGACAAGGAUGGCUGGGUGCGCGCGGACUGCUGCUUAUCAAAUGCAAAAAUGUCUGGGUCUGGAAGAUUCCCAGGCUUGUCGUGCAGAUUUUCCAUGAUCCAUGUCGUCUGGAAUGCAGGACCUAGCAUGACAGAUUCUGCGCGAUCCGUAUCAUGCCCAUCCUGCAUGAGAAACUUCCUCUCAACUUGGUCAAACGUGGACAGCUUUUGGCAUUCAUGCAACACAGAUUUUUGCACGAUCCAGAAUUAGCAUUACAAGUUGUAACCUGCCAGACCCAGACAUUUUUGCAGUGCAUACUGCUGUUCGACGAACGAAGGGUCCCCGGAGUCGGGAGAAGACAAGACCGGCUCGGAAGGAAAAUUUGGAAGUGAGGAAAGAACAACUUCUUGUUCCGUAGUAGAGGUGGACAUCCAAAUCGAGGUGGAAAAUAACGUGAAAGAACCGGUGGAAAGUAGUUCUAUCGUAGCUGAGAAAAAUUCUUCUAUCGAGAAGCAGGAAGCAGGGAAGAAGGAACCGGAAAUGACGUUUGCGAAAAUCGUGAAGAAGAAAAAGCCCGCGGCUAUUUCCACUAACGCGAAGAUGAACUUUCCGCCGUUGGGGGUCUCGGUCACGAAAACCGGUGGUGAUCGUUUGUUUCUGCCGGAGCCAGAACAGCCCGGGAUUACCGCUUCGGUGUCCUUGACGGACGCAAAAGAACUACCUGUGCCGCAGCGACCGAAGAAUAGUCCCAGUUCGACGAAGAGUCAACCGACCAAAUUGUCCUGGGCGGACAAGAUGAAGUUGUCCAACUUGCCUUCCCCCAAUCGCAAGCGCGCAAACAGCGGGCGUCCGAAGGCGGCCGGGAUCAAACCGCCGGCGUUGGCGUGAGCAAGAAAGUGAUCGUUGGAGCAGGAGAAAGUAAAAGUAUAAUUUUGAAAAAUCAAACGCUUUUCUUCUCGAGUUCUUACGAGCAGGCAUACAAUUAACAUCUGUUUGCACGGCGCGGUAUCUUUCAUGGUUUAAGUGAACUUUUUUUAUUUUGGUUUUGAAUUUUUUGGUGCAUGGCCAUUCUUGUCUCUAUGCUUUUUGAAAAUGAAAUUCGAAUUUUAGAACUUUUAGUCUAGCAGUAUUUUGUGGUUUCCGGACCAGUUUUGGACACUGUCGUUUCUACCUCAGAAAUCAGUUUAGGGCAAUCUUCAAUGUCAAUAUUGGCCGCAUUCCGGCCUUCGGUGUACGAUGCACUAUUUUAUCCAGUCGCUUUUGAGCAAGGUGGGACUUUUCAAGAAAUUAUGUGUUGAAUCAAUGAUAAGAUUUUCAGACUAUACGACCUUUUUCAUUUGAAACACUGCUCUAGCAUCUGAACGAUAUGAAGCGAGCAACUUCAACAACUUUUCGCAUCUCUAUCUAGUUUCGAUUUUUCCUCCUAACACACUAUUCCAUUGUGUUUCGGUUCCAGUAAACUAAACUACUUUUACGAAGCUUCAAUUUUCUUUAGCAAGCCUAUCUAUUGUCAUGAAAAAUUGAUAGCGAACUUUUUUUGUUUCUUGACUGUGCUUGCUCCCGGGAAAGCUUUUCAUCUAGACGACACCUAUGUAAGAUUUUUCCUUGAGCUUCAGCAAAACCAAAAGCAAUGAGAUUGAUACCCUUAAAUGUUCUGUUUCGUGCCACCAUUAUACCACCUAAAGGCCAAAUGGUACUAGUAGGCACUUGGAU